AACUCAUGUCUUAGGUCCGGGGCUCUAGGAUGGUUGGUUCUGACAUGGUGGUGACAGUUGAGUUUACCAAUCCUCUAAAAGAAACUCUGCGAAAUGUUUGGAUAUACCUGGAUGGUCCUGGAGUGACGAAACCAAUGAGGAAGAUGUUCCGUGAAAUCCGGCCUGACUCUACCGUGCACUGGGAAGAAGUUUGUCGACCCUGGGUGUCUGGCUCUCGGAAGCUGAUAGCCAGCAUGACCAGUGACUCUCUGAGACACGUGUAUGGCGAGCUGGAGUUGCAGAUUCAGAGACGACCUUCUGUGUAAAUGCACGGGGGGCUGAGAUGGACUCGGGCACUGAGCCCCUUCCAGUCUUGGCUCAGGAAAUUCUAAUGCAUAAAAUAGUAGUCAGCUCUUGCUUUAACUUAGGUGUGAAGACCCAGUCAGGAUUGCAUGGGGCUCCAGAGUGAAGAUGCCAUGCAUUUCAAACAUAACUUUUCAUUGUGACUAUUCAAUAUGGAAGUUAGUUUUUAAUUGCUCCACCUUCCAAAGAAUUCUGAGCAUUAGCUUUAAUUAAGCUCUAAUUAAGUUCUCAUAGCUCGUAAGAAUAAAAGUCAUCAUUUAUCAUCACAAAUGGCUGUAGCUCCAAAUAUCAGAGGACUUCCUUUAACAAGGGGAUUUGCUCAAUACCUGACUUCAUGUAAAACAAGACUCUGAUCUCCCACUCAGCCUUUUGGAGGUAAUAUACUCCCCAAAAGGGAUAGAAGCACAUGAUUUGGGCCCUAGAAUUCUACUCCCCCUUUUUGGAAUUAGAUUCUACUCUCUGUGUCAGAAUAUUUUUCCCAGGAAUUGAGUACAACAUCAUUUUUCUUCCUGGCAAAGCCAGGGCAAGGUCUUUCAUCUUGCACCUGCAGCAAAGCAACUGCCUGCCAAAUUUCACAGAUUUACCUUGUGAGAAGAUGUGGCCCCAUAUUAACAAAUUGCAUUUGUGGGAAACUUAAUCACCUACGAGGAGAAAAGAUAGCAGGUGCAAUACUCAGAUCUAUUAAAUAAUGUAGUUUUAUGGUGUGUUCUAUAGGAGGUGUCACACUGUGGCCUGAUCAGCAGGAACCAAUAUCCCUUACUUUAACUCUUUUGAGGCUGCAAUACUAGAAAGUAACAAGGUGACUUGGGACAGGAAGAAUGAGGAAUUAAUCUCCUUAAUUAGUGAUUAUACUUCAUCUGUCUCCCUGGGAUCCUUUCCUUCACACAAUAAUGUUGGCCCAAGUACAUUUUUAGAGAUAGAAUAAGCCCUACAAGUUGGAGACUCUGGCAGAUUUAGUGGUCAGACAUGUGGAAGGAUGGGCAACCACUAAUUCCCUGUUGUCCUUCAUAUCACUCAUGUUGAGACAUCAGCUUAGGACUCAAGCACUGAAAGGUAAUAUGGAUUGUAUCUUACAAAUAGCCAGUGCUACCACGGACCCAAUGACAGAGGAUGCUAACAUCAUUUGUAUUACACUACAAGAUUCCAACAGGCAAGGCUAUCAACUAUUGAUUUUCAAGGCUGACUUAUGGCCAAAAUUACCCAUUGAUAAUGCCUAGGGUGUGAUUCUUAGCAAAAACAAAGCACAGUGGGGAAAGCCAGAGUGGAAUUUUCUGUUUUAUAUAACCACAUUUCUAAGCCUUUGGCACUGUUCCCAGCACGAGGAAUCCAUGAGGGGUAGUGGGUCACCUCUGUAGUUGCAUCAUACCUAAUUCUAUUAAGUAAUCUCCCAGCUUUCCAAUACUCAAUUUUAAAGUGAAAUGCAUUUUGCUAUACUGUUAAACUGGCUUAAUAUAGUGUAUUCUUAUUAAGUAGACUGUAAUCAAAGCUUCAAAUAAAAUUCAGCUGAUUGUAUUUGCA